AUGGCAAAAUCAAAUGAAAUAUUUAAUUUUAAACUUCUCAUUAUUGGAGAAUCAAGUGUUGGAAAAAGUAGUUUAAUGACACGAUUUGUUGAUGAAACAUUUCAACCGACAUUUAUUCCAACUAUUGGUGUAGAUUUUAAAGUUCGAACAUUAAUGAUUGAUGGUUAUCAAUGUAAAAUUCAGAUAUGGGACACUGCUGGUCAAGAACGAUUUCGUGUUAUAACAACAACAUAUUAUCGCGAUGCAGCUGGUGUUCUAAUUGUCUACGAUGUAACAAAUCGAGAAACAUUUUCUCAUGUUUGUCGUUGGAUUGAUGAAAUCAAAAAAUAUUGUGAUGAUAAUAUAGUAAAAGUACUUGUCGGAAAUAAAGAUGAUAUUGUAUCAAAAGAUGAUCAAUCAAUAAGAAAAGUUGUGCCUACUCAAGAAGUCGAACAAUAUGCUGAAAAAAUGAAUAUGCCAUUUUUUGAAACAUCAGCAAAAGAUAAUAAAAAUAUUCAUGAAGUUUUUCAUACAGUUGCACGUAUAGCAUUACAACAACGUUUAGAAGCAAGAAAUAAAAAUCAUUCAUUGCAACGUAAUAAUAUGACAAAUGGUACAUCAUCUGCUCAAUCUAUUCGAAUAAAAGGAUCGAAAAAAAAAGAAAAAAAUCAUCAUGGAUCAUGUUGCAAAUAG